AUGGUAUUAAUUGAAGACAUUGUAGUGAACAAUAUUGUAAUGUCAUUCAAAUUGAAUGAUAAAUUAGACCGUGUCAAGGUGAAGGAGAGUUUUCCAUCUGUUGAUUAUCCAAAGCGUUUUUCUGGUGGAAUAUUAAAGUUGGAUGGUGGUUGUUUAUUGAUAUUUAAUUCUGGAAAGAUUAAUGUUACUGGUGUUAAAAGCUACGAGGCAGCAUUUAAUUUAAUUGAGAAAUUUUGUGACAUUUACCCAGAUAAUUUAUAUAAAACUGAAGCAAAAGUAGUGAAUAUUGUGGCCCAUUCAAGGUUAAUUACGAAUUUCAUUUAUAGUAGACUUGAUUCAUUCCCAUAUUGUUCUUACGGACCAGAGUUAUUUCCUGGAGUUCAUGUUAAAGUGGACAAUUCAAACGUAAUAUUUAUAAUAUUUAAAAGAACUGGACGAGUUACUGUGACGGGAAUUCGUGAUAUAAUUGAAUUAAAUAAAUACUUUGAUCUAUUCAAACGGAUAUAUAAAAGGUAA